UGCAACGCCGCGGUCUCUUGCCUCCAGUCUUGAGGUUGCCAAAAACAACCCAAGUCGACAACACAGCGAAACUUUUCCCAUCCACUUCCUCAGCGCACGACAGUCGUUACGCCUGUAUCAGAAUACCUUCCGUUUUCUCCUGAACCCAAGCGAUAGAAAGAUCCGAGCAAACGCCGAAUAUCCUGCCCAGACAGCAGGGUUUUGCGAACAUGUCGUCUACUCUCGACGAGCUCCUCCAGGACUUCGAGGACUCUGGCUCCGAGGCCGGUGGCGAGGAGUAUGGCGAUGGUCUUCUUGGUGAUGGUGUUGUUCCGACUGGAGGCUCAGGUGUGGACGACGCACACGUACCGAUAAACGAUGAGGACGAAGAUGAAGGCAUGGGCGAUGGCGAAGAUGAAGACGAAGCUAUGGGUGGCGUGGGAGCCGACGACUCGAAUGCUGUUGAAGAUCCCGAAGAGGCAAAGGCCAAGGUUGAGAAGAUGCAUUUAGGAGGAGUGCGGGAUGUCCGAACUGUAGCGACUCUUAUGAAGUCUCUGAAGCCUGUGCUCGAGAAAAUCGCACACUACCAAGCUACACCCGCUCAGGCCAACGAUGUCGGCCAUGUCGAAGACCACCCGGAAUACAGCCUGUUGACGAACGCCAAUAGGCUGUCUACUUUGAUAGACAGCGAGGUGGCUCUUGUCCACAAGUUUGUGAGGGACCACUUCUCCGCCAGAUUCGCUGCGCUCGAGUCGCUAUUACCGAACCCUAUCGAAUACUGCAAGGUCGUUGCAAUCUUGGGCAAUUCUCCGAUGGACUCGGAGAGCAUGAAGGCGUUGCAGCUUUCCACCGACAACCCCCUGGGUGUAACCCUCAAGUCGGUUCUUGAUGGGCCAACCUUGAUGAUUGUCACGGUGGAAGCUACCGUUUCCAAGGGUCAAUUUCUGGGCGAGGAAGAGAUUCAGCGCGUCACAGAAGCGUGCUUGAUGGUGGUCGAGCUUGACAAGGCCAAGAAGACGCUCACUGAGUACGUACAGUCUCGCAUGAACAUUUUCGCGCCGAACUUGACGGCUCUCAUCGGUUCCCUCACAGCAGCACAGCUUCUCAACCAGGCCGGCGGCCUGACUGGCCUUUCCAAAACCCCGGCCUGCAACCUCCCGGCUUGGGGCUCUAAGAAGCAAACAAGCUCUGCUCUCGCUACCAACGUCGGCAUCAGACAACAGGGCUUCAUCUUCCAGUCAGACAUCAUUCGUGGGAUUCCAACAGACCUCAAGAAGCAGGCGAUGAAGAUGUUUGCCAACAAGAUUGUCAUGUGCGCGCGCACCGACUGCUUCCACCAGUUCAGGGAUGGGUCGGAAGGCGAGCGACUGAAGGACGAGUGCCUGGACCGCCUGGAUAAGCUGCAGCAAAAGCCGAACAGCAAGGGCGCACGCGCUCUCCCAGCACCCGAUGACAAACCGAGCAGAAAGCGUGGUGGCCGACGCGCUCGUAAAGCCAAGGAGGCCACAGCCAUGACGGAGUUGCGCAAGGCUCAGAACCGUAUGGCCUUUGGCAAGGAGGAGAAGGAAGUCGGUUACGGCCAGGGCGAUUCUACUGCCGGCAUGGGCAUGAUCGGCCAGCGCGACGAUGGACGUCUACGGGUCACGCAAAUCGACCAGCGCACGCGUGCCAAGCUGAGCGCGAAGAGCAAGGGUUGGGGUGGUGCCAGCUCGCUCAAUGGCGGCGCGGCAUCAUCUCUCAGAGGGCUUACCGGCGGUGGCAGCGGCAUUGGCAACAUCAGUCUGGCUGCCAGCAAGGGCUUGCGGACAUCGGGCGUUGGUACCACGGUGGGCAGUACCACCGCCGGUACGGUAUCGUCGUUGGCGUUUACACCUAUGCAAGGCCUGGAGCUCGUUGAUCCAAAGGUGCAAUCCGAGCUGAGCAGGAAGCGCAAAGCAGAUGAGGACCGUUGGUUCAAGGGUGGUACAUUCUCUCAAGUUGGCAACUCGGGUGGCGCUGGUGAAUUCAAGAAGCCUGCAUUACCCCCAAGCAAGAGACAAGAUACUGGAGCGACGAAGUGAUGCUCCUAUUUGGUGAAGGUGGAGGAAUCGGUGCAUGAAAGCGCACAUGCCGGUGACCAAGCCUGGUCACCUAGCCUCAAUUCAUUGGCGUGGGUUAACUACAUACUUCAAAGGAAGUCUGCGGCCCUACGCUCCGUUAGGCUUUUCACAACUCAUGUCAUUUAGAUCAUUGCUAUAUCGUGGAUUCGGCGUUCUGAGAGCUUUGUUGCUAGGGAAAAUAUUCAGGGAAGUGAUCUCAUUCCAUUUGCAGCAGUGGCUGUC